AGCCCCACGGACCGGAUGGAGGGCGGGGAGAGGAAAUCCGCUCUGCGACGGACAAGCCCCGCGGCCAAUCAGGGGACGAGAGGGACUGGGAGCCCCGCCCCCUCCCUUUCCUCCUGCCCCUCCCCCAGCCCCCAGGCAGGACCGGCCUCUGCCAGCCCAGCCCGGGCCACAGGUCCCAGACCGGCGUCAGCCCCGCCCCGCCGUCAUCGUCAUCAUCGUGGUCGCCCCCAGCAACCACCCAAGAUGGCCGCCACGCAGGAAGCCCCGCCCCCCGCCUUGGGCCUGCACUUCCUGUACCCCCUGGAGGAGCCGGCACCCCCCCGGGUCAUCAAGACGGAGGAGCCCGAAGCCCUUGGGCCCGAUCCAGCCUGGGACCCCUGGCUGGUGCCUGCUGGGACGCUGGGGGACCUGCUGCGCUGGGCUGCGCCACCGCCACACGAGGCCACGCCGCCGCCAUGUUGGUGGCCCCCGCGGGGCGAGCCCACGGCCUCCUGGGAGCCGGCACCAGCACCCACCGAGCAUCCCCUCUUUGAGGCGGGUGGUGGCAGCGGCACAGGAGGCUUUGGGCCCGAGGAGGCGGCGGCCAUCUUGGGGCCUGGCAAGGCAGGCCUCUUCGGGGCAGAGGCCGUGGUGAGCCUGGACAAGGCGGCCAUCUUGGGGACGGAGAAAGCAGCUAUCUUGGGGCCCGGCAAGGCGGGCUUCUUCGGCAUGGAGGCGGCGGCCAUGUUGGGCAUGGACAAAGCGGCGCUGUUGGGGGCCGGGAAGGCGGCCAUGUUUGGGGCAGAGGCGGCGGCCAUGUUGGGCCCUCCCAAGGCAGCUCUCUUUGGGGCUGAAGCGGCAGCCAUCUUGGCCACGGAGAAAGCAGGCCUGCUGGGGGCCGGCAAAGCGGGUGUCUUUGGCGCGGAGGCAGCGGCCGUUUUGGGGGCAGACAAGGCAGGGGUGUUUGGCGCGGAAGCGGCGGCCAUUUUGGGGGCGGACAAGGCAGGCGUCUUCGGGGCCGGCGCAGCGGCCAUGUUGGCUCUGGACAAAGCGGCUCUCUUGGGGGCCAAUAAGGCAGGGGUCUUUGGGCCUGAUGUGGCGGCCAUGUUGGGCUCGGAGAAGUCAACCUUACUGGGCCCAGAGAAGGCGGCCCUCUUGGGCCCCGAGAAGACGGCCCCGUUUGGAGCUGAGGUGGCGGCCAUGUUGACCACGGACAAGGCAGCCAUCUUGGGGGCUGACAAGGCAGCUGCGGAGGCCCGGCGCCAGCGGUUCAGGGCCUUCCGGUACCAGGAAGCUGGGAGCCCGCGGGAGGCCUGUGCCCGACUCCGUGACCUCUUCCAUCGGUGGCUGGAGCCCCAGCGCCGCAGCAAGGAGCAGAUCCUGGAGCUGCUGGUGCUGGAGCAGUUCCUGACCAUCCUGCCCCAGGAGAUGCAGCGCUGGGUGUGGGAGCGCGGCCCCGAGACCUGCGCCGAGGCCGUGGCCAUGGCCGAGGGCUUCCAGCAUAGCCGCCAGGAGCCCGCCGUGUGGGAGCAGCAGGUGACUGUGCGGGUGAAGGUGGAGGCUCCCGGCCUGGAGGAGUCGCCGCCGCCGCCGCCCCCCGGAGGAUCAUGGGAUGCCACACCCCGCUCCCCAGAGGUGCCUACACCUGCUCCGCCCCGGCCGGGGUCCCGCCCAGAGCCCAUGCGCAUACCCAAAGAGGAGCCCCCCACUCCCCCCGACACGGCUGCACUCCAGAGCGAGCCGAAGCCAUCGCCCCGACCCCCGGCACCAGGCCCCCACCCCUGCCCGCAGUGUGGGCGGAGCUUCCGCCAGAGCUCCGCCCUCCUGUCUCACCAACGGGCCCACGCUGCGGCGGCGGCGGCAGCAGCAGCGACCCCCGGCGCCCCCGACCGCCCCCACCGCUGCCCCCACUGCCCGAAAGGCUUCUCACGGGGCUCCCAGCUGGGCCGCCACCUCCGCACCCACGGGGCAGAGAAAUCCCACCGCUGCCCCCAGUGUCCCCGCAGCUUCUACCAGGGGGCAGAGCUGGCUCGGCACCGGGCUUCCCAUGCCCGUGACCGCCCCUAUGCCUGCGAGCGCUGUGCCAAGCGCUUCCGCUGGCGCUCGGACCUCCUGCGCCAUGAGGUCACCCACACAGGUGCCCGCCCCUUUGGCUGCCCCGACUGUGGCAAGAACUUCGGGCAGAGCUCCCACCUUGUCCGCCACCGCCGCACCCACACGGCCUGACCGCUGCCCUCCCCAGCCUCGCCUGGACGGAUCCUGUGCUGGGGGGGGGGUGGCCAGGGGUAGGCCUCCGGGCCUGGACAGGUCCACGCUGGGGGUUGGGGACGUCUUGUCCAGCCAGGAGUAGGCCUCUGGACCUGAACAGUCCUAAACUGGGCUUCAGGCCUAUAUCCAUCCUAUGUCGGGGGUUGCAGGGCUUCUCUUCCAGCCAGGAGGUUUCUCAGUAGGCUGGAGGCCUAGACAGAUCCUACACCGGGGGUAGAGAACAUCUCAUCCAGCCAAGAGUCAGCCCCUGGGCCUGGACGGAUCCUAAACCAGGGGUCAGGGGGCAUCUCAUCCAGCCAGGAGGUGUCUUGAUAGGCCUCUGGACUUGGAUGGAUUCUAAGCUGGGGCCCAAGGGGCGUCUCCUCUAGCCAGAAGUAGGCCUCUGGACCUGGACGAUCAUAAACCAGCCUCGGCCUGGACAGAUCCUAAACCAGGGGUCAGAGGACAUCUCGUCCAGCCAGGAAGUGUCUCAAUAGGCCUCCAGGCCUGGAUGAAUCCUAUGCUGGGGGUCAGAGACCUCCCAUCCAGUUGGGAGUAGGCCUCUAGACCUGGGUGAUCCUAAACUAGGCCUGGAUUGAUGCUACGCCAGGCAUUGGAGGGCAUCUCAUCCAGUGAGAAGGUGUCUUGAUAGGCUAGAGGCCUGGAUGGAUCGUAAACCAGGGGUAGAGAACAUCUCGUUCAGCCAGUAGGCCUCCGGGCCUGGAUGGAUCCUAAACUGGGGGUCGGGGCAUCUCGUCCAGCCAGGAGGUGUCUUGGUAGGCCUCCGGGCCUGGAUGGAUCCUAACCCGGGACCCAGGGAGCAUCUCAUUGGGUCAGAGCCUCCAGACCUGGGUGGACUCUAACCCGGGGAUUUCAUUGGAGCUCUGGGCCCAGAAGGAUCCUAACCUGGGGGUCAAAGGGCAUUGUGGGCCUCCGGGCCCUGCCAGCUCCUAACCCGGGAGCACCGGGCGCGGCGGGGCCCCCGGUCGAGACUCUUGCCGAGCUCUGGGAUUUGUAUCAUUAAAUCACGACUUGGUUUCCA